AUGUGUGGGAUCUAUUUUAGAGAAGGAAAACAGGGAGCUUCACAAAAUCGAACACAAUUUCUACUUCAAGGGAUCGACCUCUAUAUUUCCAGAUUAAGAAAGAUGAGGCGAGAAGAGAAGAUGACAAUAUUUCUAAUCAGGGGUAUGAAAGUAGGACGUUAUAUUCAUGAAAGAAACCUCAACAGCUAUAUAUUUGGCUUAACUUUUGGAAGUCCUUACAUUUGCAAGAAUAGGACUACUAAAAAAUGGUAGCAGUGGAGUUCCUCAAGUCGGUAUCACUUUGAUCGUAGGUGGUUCAUGGUAUGAAAGUGAGGAACCAACAGUUGUCAUAAUAUUUGCAUUUUAUUGUAACUUGAGAAUUGUGAUGAGAUGAAAUAGUUAGUUUUGUAGCAUUUCGUUUCAUCUGUAGAUAAUUGACUAAUUUCAUUAAAUUUCUUUUAAAUUAAGCAAUCGUUAUUUUUUUCCUGCUGGAUACUUCAUUAAA